UUGCAAACAUUUCUAAUCCUGUUUUCAUGUUUUCGCUUUGUUUAUUGGGUAUUGUUUGUUGAUUAAUUCGGAAUUUUAUUUGAUCCAUUUUAGAAUAAGUCUAUAAUGUGGAAAAAGUCAAGGGGUUUGAAUACUUUCCGAAUCCACUGUACUGUAUAUACCCUUGAGAGGGUUAAUCAUUCAGACACAUGGUUUUACUGCCCUGGUAAUACGAAUCCACUGUACUGUAUAUACCCUUGAGAGGGUUAAUCAUUCAGACACAUGGUUUUACUGCCCUGGUAAUACGAAUCCACUGUACUGUAUAUACCCUUGAGAGGGUUAAUCAUUCAGACACAUGGUUUUACUGCCCUGGUAAUACGAAUCCACUGUACUGUAUAUACCCUUGAGAGGGUUAAUCAUUCAGACACAUGGUUUUACUGCCCUGGUAAUACGAAUCCACUGUACUGUAUAUACCCUUGAGAGGGUUAAUCAUUCAGACACAUGGUUUUACUGCCCUGGUAAUACGAAUCCACUGUACUGUAUAUACCCUUGAGAGGGUUAAUCAUUCAGACACAUGGUUUUACUGCCCUGGUAAUACGAAUCCACUGUACUGUAUAUACCCUUGAGAGGGUUAAUCAUUCAGACACAUGGUUUUACUGCCCUGGUAAUACGAAUCCACUGUACUGUAUAUACCCUUGAGAGGGUUAAUCAUUCAGACACAUGGUUUUACUGCCCUGGUAAUACGAAUCCACUGUACUGUAUAUACCCUUGAGAGGGUUAAUCAUUCAGACACAUGGUUUUACUGCCCUGGUAAUAUGAGUCCCUGGACUGGAUUAAACCAUACAGGGGAAAUAUUUAAACAACUCAAUUAUUUAACAUCUUCGUUUAUUAAUUGAUAGGCUAUAGGCCUUUAGUAUAUUGUGUUAAUAAUGCAGAUGGAUAUCUGAUUUUUAUGUGUAUCGACAUAUGGCAUAUUAUUGCUUUAUUUAAAAAAUUGAGAAGAGAUGUAAACAUUCCAUUUCGAAUGGAUAAUGAAUAGGCUGUGGAUGGGUUAUCCUGGAGCAACUGAACGGGUUUAGUCAUCUGGCUGUCAGGACGCGUCUUUGCAGACAUGAACCAACCUAAUUAUUGGCCAGACAAUGCAGAGCAGACUCCUCAGAUCUCUAUUUGAACCUGAUGUCGGCUCAAGCCGGACUAUGCGCCCCUUUCUGUUAUUUUUCAUCGUGCAAUUAAUUUCCUGUGCCCGUGUGCCUGACAUUGUAGCCGUAAUGUUUGUCUGCCAAAGUAAACGCCAAUCGUAUGGAUGUAGUGUGUUUUAUUGAUAUGUAACACGCUAUACAGUACCACUUCAAUAAAAACACACCCACCCUUUUUAGGCAUUAAUCAAUCAGUGAUAUAGCUGUGGUGUAUCCAUUCUCUGUAAAACAGUAACCACAUUUACGUCCCUCAAUCGACUAUUUAGUCUUCUGUAAGACACGGUUAGAUUCCAGGGGAGACUAUAGUAUGACGUCAUGUUACGCGGACCAUAAAAAUAAUGGAAAGAAAGAGCAAUGCUGACGGACUUUAGGUCACCCUUGCAUUGGGCUAUAUUUCUAUAAGUCACACUGAGCCAUUAAUACGACGACUCUCUAAUUACAACUCUUACAUUUUACAAUUUUGAAUGAAUAUGCAGAGAUGUCUGAGUGGAAUGAGGCUUUUAGCCUAAGGUACUGUUCUGGUCUAAGGCGCUCCUGGCCCUUUAAGAGCGGAGGGAGGGGGUUCUGACCGCUUGGCUGCGGUGUUUUUGUCUCCAUGUCAGUGAGCGCUCCUGGCCCAAGAAGUCUGAACGGAUUUAUAAGGAUAGGUGCUGACCGUGAGAAAGAAGGGAGGGAAGAAAAAGAGGACAGAAGAGAAGCCAGAGUGAGGAGAUUGGGGAGGAGAGACCAACUCUGCAGCACUCUGAGCAGCUGGUGAGGUUUUGUGGGUGAACGUGUGACAUCAUGGCUCAGGUGCUGCACAUGGACCCCAGCUUCCCAGGAGGGAAGCUUACCCCGUCCGCUCCCCCCUCCCUGCACGGGAAGGAGCAGGAGGCGCCCUACUCUGUGGAGACCCCCUACGGCUACCGUCUGGACCUAGACUUCCUCAAGUAUGUCAACGACAUUGAGAAGGGAAACACCAUCAAGAAGGUGCCCGGUCAGCGCCGGCCCCGCUACGGGUCUCUCCCCCGGGGGUACGGCUACACAGGCUCCUGGUGGACCUCCACAGAGUCCCUGUGCUCCAACACCAGCCAGGACAGCCGCCAGUCAUCCUUCUCCUAUUGCGCCCCGGGCUACCACCCACACAACUCCCACUCCCAGAGGCCCAGCUUCAGCACGGCCCGGGUGGAGAAGACCCUGCUGGACGCCCGCAGGAAGUUGGAGGAAGAGAAAGAAGGGGGCCCCAGGAGGUUCUCCAGCACACUUGGUAGCAUGCACAACAGCAUGGCCGGAUCCACCACCUCCCUGAGCAGCGCCCACAGCUACAACCGCACCCAUGGAGGAGGAACGGGCUCCUUCACCCCCAUGAGCUCCGGCCUGUCCACGCCCGUGUCGCCCACCCCGGCCCACCUGCAGCAUGUGAGAGAGCAGAUGGCGGUGGCUCUCAGGAAGAUCCGGGAGCUGGAGGAGCAGGUGAAGACCAUCCCCGUGCUCCAGGUGAAGAUCUCUGUGCUGCAGGAGGAAAAGAGGCAGCUAAGCGUCCAGCUGAAGAGCCAGAAGUUUCUGGGACACACCCUUGGCUUCGGCAGAGUGGGCCGGCCCCGAGGGGAGCUCUACAUCGACAUCCCAGAGGAGGAGGUGAGCUCUGGAGCUGGAGCCACCACCAGGGUUGCAGCAGAGCCUCUGUCCCCCACCAGUCCUGAGGGCUCCAGGCCGCAGGCAGACUCAGGCUGUGAGAUUGAGGACACGGUGAUCGUGGGUGGAGCGCGGCCGGCUGGGCAGAGGGAAGUGCGUACCAUUGGGGUGGGACCAGAGGAGGCGAGGGGCAGCCAGCAGGUGGAUGUGUGCAUUGGGGUGCAGGAGCAGGACCUGGGGCUGGUGCCGGAGACAGAGGCCCUGAAGAGCCAGGUGGGCCAGCUGGAGGGCCAGCUGAAGAGGACGAUGCAGGAGCUGCAGGCUGCCCAGCAGCAGGUGCAGGCAGCUCAGAGGGAGAGGCAGGCUCAGGCCCCCCAGGCAAACCACUCGGUCAGGGCCACCAGUCUGAGCUGGCAGGAGCAGCAGGGACGCAGCCUGCAAACGGUAGUCAGCUUUACCCAGCAGCCCCAUCACCGGGCGCAGAGGACUGUGGGAAUCCAGGUGUACACGCUGGAGCAACCAGCCACUGUGGUAGGGGUGGGCACGUUGCUUCGAGCAGAGGGGUGCAGCUCCCCCUCCCUCCCUCCAGGUGGUACAGUCCUGGAGGGAACCCACAGAGGACAUGCACAGGCCCUGGGCCCAGAGGAUGCAGCUGUUGAGCUGCCCAUCGCCAUCUCCUCCAAACAGGUCCGAGAGGUCCUAAGAAGUGAGCUGUCCACCUCGGUGCCUGUCAAUAAUCCUGCCAUCGCCAUUGACACCAUUGGUAAUCGGAUGGCUUUGCUGCAUCUGAAGGAAGGAGAGACAACCCAGCACACUGCCAUAAACACCGUCCAGUCUCAAGAAGACCCACCAGGUAGCCAUAACACCGUCCAGUCUCAAGAAGACCCACCAGCUGCAGGAGCCUCUCCCCAGACCGCCCUGAGGUCCAUUAUGAAACGUAAGGCAGAAGGAGAACCUGGCUCUCCAUCCAGCAAGAAGAACCUGCAGUUCACUGGAGUCAAUGGAGGGUAUGAGUCCACCUCCUCAGACGACAGUAGCAGUGAGAGUUCAGAGGAGAGUGAUGCCAGUGAAUAUCAUGAGACCACAGAGAAACUCCCAGAAGCACCAGAGUCUGCAGCGGGACAGCACCAGCAAGCAGCAGCAGUCCCAGUCUCCUCCACAAGGCUAGAGCAUGCCACCCCGCUCCCAGCCACUACCGUCCAACCACCAGCCUGCGAACCUGCCUCUGAGCGGAGCACCAGCCAAUCAGCAACCAUAAGCAUAGGACUGCAGCAUGUAGCCACCUUAUCACCAGCCUUGAACACUGCCGUGCAACAAUGUGCCUCUGACUCUGCCCCCACUGAGACUACCUACCCGUCUCCAGCCAAUGACUGUGUCCGUCAGGGGAGUAUUGUUCAAUCAUCGGUCCCAGACCCCAUCCCUCAGGAGUGUACCUCCAUAAAUACUAGCACUGAACCCACUACACCUGAGCAGUGCACCGUCCAAUCAGCUGCUACCUGUUCUGCACCCCCCAAGCCACCCAGAUGCCAACCAGAAGCCACUAACCCGGAAGUAAAGCAGGGUGUCACCCAAUCAAGUUCCACUGAUGUCACCGUUCAGCUAGAUGCCAUCAAAUCACAAACUACUGACCUCGCCCCUCAGCAUUGGGCCACCCAAUCGUCAGCUACUGAACAAAGCACCCAGCAGAGGAGAGUCCAAUCAUCAGCCUCGACACCAGCACCUGGAAACGCCCCAAGUGCUACUGGAGCAGCCAAUCAAGAAACCAGACUGGAGUUCAGUGAGAGCCUGAUGGCAUCUCUCCAUGCCCUGCAGAAAGCCCUGGGUGAACCAAAUGCUUUCAGCCAGCAAGCAGCGAGGACAGCCUACACCAUGGUGCUCCAGGAGUGGCUUCGUGUGUCCUGUCACAAGGCAGCUGACACUGCCAUGGUCAGGGCCUAUAUGGAUACCUUCUCCUCCGUCUCCCCACAGCUGCUGAAGUUUGUGGUCAAUAUGGCCGACGGCAACGGCAACACGGCCCUGCACUACACCGUCUCCCACUCCAACUUCCCUGUGGUCAAGCUGCUGCUGGACACUGGCCUGUGUAACGCUGACAAGCAGAACAAGGCCGGGUACACAGCCAUCAUGUUGACAGCUCUGGCUGCCUUCCACUCUGACAGUGACCUUCACACCGUCCUGCAGCUGCUGCGCACAGGGGAUGUGAACGCCAAAGCCAGCCAGGCGGGUCAGACGGCGUUGAUGCUGGCAGUGAGUCACGGGCGAGGGGACAUGGUACGGGCGCUGCUCUCCUGCGGGGCACAGGUCAACAUCCGCGACGAUGACGGCUCCACGGCGCUCAUGUGUGCCUGCGAGCACGGCCACGUCGACAUCGUUCGUCAGCUGCUGUCUGUGCCAGGCUGUGAUGUCACCCUCACUGAUAACGAUGGCAGUUCAGCCCUGUCCAUAGCCCUGGAGGCCAGUCAGAAUGACAUCGCUGUGCUUCUCUACGCUCACCUCAACUUCGCCAAGCCUCCUUCCCCUGUAUCACCAAAGUCUCCUCUUUUGGGAUCCUCUCCCCCCUCUGGUGAAACAAAGUGACCACACUGUUAGAUACCUUUUGGUGAAUUUAGCAGCACCGCUUCAACCAGCUCCUCAACCAUUCCACCACAAGUGUUGAUAUCUGUGUAUAUGUGUGUGUGUUCGUGUAUGUGUGUGUGUGAGUGUGUAUUUGUGUGUGAGAGAGUGAUUGUAAUGGUCUUUUUCCUCUUCUCUCUAUCUGUUCUCUCUGUAUGUACUGUAUGUGCACGUCGGCAUGAAACCCAGCACUUGACACAAUCCUAACGCAUCUUUUCUUUAAACAAAAAGGAAUUCAUUGUGAUGCUAUACUCACAUAUAGUUGUUUACGCACAAGAGUCCGUUUUUUUGUUACAGUGUUGGUUGAAAUCAAUCUCAGAUAAUAUUCACGUGACAGAAUAAGCAAUUGCCAUUGUAACAGCUCAACACACAAACUCAACUCAGCAAUAAUCCCACUUACAUUCAUUUUGUGUUUUUUAUUGCCACUAGAUCAGCAAGAUUGUAUUACUUUACCGUAGUUCAUUAUUGUAGCUUAUUUUUUGUUUCCGUUGAAUUUGUUACUUAUUACUGUUCAAGCAAUAUAUGUAAUUCUAUAUAUCAUUGAUAAUCGAUCAGUUGCAAUGACGCAGUAGGACUAUGUUGUGUCUCAUCACAAUCAUUUAUGAAAUGCAUAAAGUCACGCGUAUCACUGUAAAAUUAUUAAUUCACCCAUAUCAUUCUAAAACUACAAAAUCACCCAUUUCAUUCUAAAAUACACAUAUCUCUCUGAAGUGUCCUUUAUCGAUUGUAUCAGUCAGCUGAUUGGUGCUAAAACAAUUCUGAUACAGGACUCCAGUUUAAUUCAGUACAAUAGAUCGAGGUUUCUACACAACCUUUAUUUACCCUAAAGUAUUUUUGAUAGUGUCUUUUUAUUCAAUCCAAAUUUCACAUAGAUAACGGUAUGGAUCUUCAACACUGUUAACAGAUGACAAACUUUACACACAGCAUUGCUACUUUAGAUGUCAGACAGCUAGCUGUGAUGAGGCCUACAGCACCCUUAUCAGGAUACUGUUGUUUGAAAUGAUGGUCUUACUGGCUAACUUCCAACCACAUUUUAGUUGUGGUAACAAUUUUUUCAGAAUUUUUAUCCAAAUAUCUUCCCCUCAUAACAACUCUUUUGUUACACUGUAUGUUGUGGUGAUCAAUUUGAGUGUAAAGAUAAUCAUGUCUAUUGACCAGACAGAUAAUUCCCAACAAAAGAUUUGGAAACAGCAGCAUUAUCGUUGAGGUCAAUAACAGUUGUAAUGUUCAUGAGAAGGCAACUAGAAAUGGUAGCUACUCUCCAAUAAAGGUACUACAUUUCUGAAAUGAAAGAUUGUUUAUUUUCUUGAAUAAAGGUUUUAUGAGUGGUUUUACUGAGGGAAGGAGUGACGUGGGGUGGUUGGGUGCUGACUAGGGUGUGUAAGGGGGUAGGCAAGGUUCAAAUCCCUGUUCAGUGGUCACCCUUUUUGUAUUGGUUGGUAACUAGAAAGUGACAGAAUGGACUAUGGAACUAAUGAAGAAUUUGCAUUGUAAUAUAGGUAUACCAAAAUUAUAAUAAUAUAUGACAUUAAUCUACAGUAGUAGUGAUGCAUAAAAAUAUCAUUUAAAAAUUAUUGAAGUCCAGAAUAGAAAAAUACACUGAGUAUACCAAACAUUAGGGACACCUUCCUAAUGUGGAGUUGCCUCACCCUCUGAAUGGCACACAUACACAAUCCAUGUCUCAGUUGUCUCAAGGCUUGAAAAUCCUUCUUUAACAUGUCUCCUCCCCUUCAUCUACACUGAUUGA